CACACAGCGAGGCUCGAGAGCGGAGGAGAGCGCGCUUUCUCUCUGGUUUUCAGCUGUUACUCUAAAUCAUGGGGCAGGAGCAGCAAUUUUUCAUCCCAGGGGGUUCUAUUCAGAUUUGGACUAUGGCAACGGAGCUCUUUGUACACUUUACCUCCCAUCUCCUCCGGGUAUUACCACAGGAAUAGUGUGUGUGUGUGUUUGUUUGUUUGUGAGUGUGUGUGAGUGUGUGUGUGUGUGUGUGUCCAUCCAGCAUGAUGUCUGCCUCUGAUAGUCUUGAGUUUAGCAGCAGGAGUGGAUCAUCAUGAGAGGGGGUCACCACCAGCGAGGGUGUGGGUGUCAGCACCUGUUCAGAAAACUGCUCAGCAAAUGUGGCUGCUGCUUUGUUCGAGUUAGAGCUGAGUCGUAUUCGGUAACGGUCAGGACCGGCAGUAUCACCCCAUCAGUGGGCCCCGUGCCCCAUCAGGCCUCAGGCAGCUCCAGCCCCUGCUCACACUCCUCUUCUGGAGGGUCAAGGCACCCUGUCAGCGCCCUCAAGAAAUGGCUUACCAACCCCGUCCGCAAGCUGAGCACCGAUGCCAGAGGAGGAGCGGGAAAAGUUGAGAAGCAGAUGUGCAGGUCAGAUGGGAGGCAGCCGCCAUCGCUCCUCUCCCACAGUGAAACUCAGCCAAGGCCUCUGGAACCGCAUGACAGCUACACCAUCCUCCCCUGUGGAGACACGGUGUGGAAAGACGGCGUGUUGUGUCCAGCAGCUUCUCCUCCUGCACAGCUGCCCUGUCAGAGCUACUUAUCUGACCUCCUGCAAGGCAGAGACACACAGACACUGAGUCAAAAAUCCAGCAUCAACACUCUCCAAGGAGAGGACGGCUGCACUUUGACUGACGACUCGGCCAGCCAGUGGUCUGCGACAGUGGACAGCGAAGAGGAGAGGAACACUGCCUUAGAGAAGAGCAUAUAUGUGCUGACAGAGCUGAUUGAGACAGAGAGGUUGUAUGUGGAAGAUCUCGGACUCAUUGUGCAGGGGUACAUGGGCACCAUGGCCAAUCAGGGAGUUCCAGAGGACCUGAAAGGGAAGGACAGGAUUGUAUUCGGAAACAUCCACCAGAUCUACGACUGGCAUAAGGAUUAUUUCCUGGGAGAGCUGGAGAAAUGUGUGGCUGAUCCAGACAGCUUGGCCGAGCUCUUCAUCAAACAUGAACGGCGUCUUCACAUGUAUGUGGUUUACUGUCAGAACAAACCCAAAUCAGAGCACAUUGUCUCUGAGUACAUUGAAACUUACUUUGAGGAUCUCAGGCAGCAGCUGGGUCACAGGCUGCAGCUCAAUGAUCUGCUCAUCAAACCUGUUCAGAGGAUCAUGAAGUAUCAACUACUGCUGAAGGACUUUCUGAAGUACUACAGUAAAGCAGGAAGGGACGUUGAGGAGCUGCAGAGGGCAGUGGAGGUGAUGUGUUUCGUGCCAAAACGCUGUAAUGAUAUGAUGAAUGUGGGCAGGCUCCAAGGCUUUGAGGGGAAAAUCACAGCUCAGGGGAAGCUGCUCCAGCAGGAUACCUUCUCUGUCAGCGAGCAGGAAAGCGGCUUCCCGUCCAGAGCAAAGGAGAGGAGGGUCUUCCUGUUUGAGCAGCUGGUCAUCUUCAGUGAGCCAAUUGAUAAGAAAAAGGGGUUCUCCUUGCCAGGGUACACUUUCAAAAACAGCAUCAAGGUCAGCUGUUUGGGCGUGGAGGAGCACUCUGAUGAUGAUCCAUGCGUUCUGGUCCUGACCUCCCGCGGGACUCACGGCAGUGUGACGCGCUUCAUUAUGCAGGCAUCAUCUCCGGAAAUACAGCAAGCUUGGCUCGACGACGUGGUCCAGAUCUUAGAGACUCAGAGAAACUUCCUUAAUGCCCUUCAGUCUCCCAUAGAGUACCAACGCAGGGAGGGCAACUCAAACAGCCUGGGCAGGAACGUGAAGUCUCCGACAUCAUCAAGCCUGCGACCUCACUCCUCUGCAUCCAUGGAGCGACGGCAGCAGCCCUGCCUGCUGACCUACAACACCUCCCUGCCCUCUCUGCACCCACCGUACCACAGCCAGGCCGCCAGGGUGCUUUCUAAUCCCUGCGCUGCGACAACUCGAGCUGCUCUCCCUCCACUUCCCGCCCAGCAGCAGCUCAGUUUGUGCACAGAGGUGAGACAGGCCUGCGGGACGUCCAAUGGCCUGCCACCCUGCAGCCAGCACAGCAUGCAGGGUGUGACUGCCAGUUUCCAGGCGACCACAUUAAAGGAGGGCACACAUCGACCAAACAAUCUGGAUCAGCUGAAGGAGAGCGAGCAGUAAUGACCUGCAGUGAGAAAUGACCUCACUUUACCUUUCUGGAGCAGGAGUGCCUCGACUGACUCAGAGUGCUCUGUCAGCAUUGUUUGUUUCACUCCUGCUCAGGAGUCAUUCAAGGUGUCUCUGAUCUUUGCAUUUUCUCCUAAAUUUUCCUCCUAAUUUCCUUUAAGUACCACUGUGGUUUAGACUAACCUGUAUCUUGUGUGUACAGUGAAUAUACACACGUCUACAGGCGGUGACGGCAGAUGAGAUGUGUGGAAAUAUGGAGCACCACAUAGACUGUACUUCAUGUUGUAUAUGUAUGAAUUUAUACUUUUUCCAUUGAAAAUUCAUGGAUGGAUAUUUUUGUAAAGCACAUAUUCACAAGGGACCAAUUCCACUUUAUUCCCCUCUGAGACCUCUGACCUUAAAUCCCUUCACACAGUCGCACUCUGUCCUGCAUCUUUGAAAUCACUGAGCGACUGCGGUUUCCACCAUGGGAUCUGAAUCCAUACCAGUUGUGUAUGUGUCCGUGCGCUCCCUGCAGAUUAGCAAAUAGCCGUGUUUUCCCUUUGGUGGGCUAUUUUAACCCUGCCAUUGUUAGAGUGUUAUCUGGACGAAACACAUUUGCAAACUCACACAGAGCACGCGUCCUAAUCAAGCCGAAAGAGGAAAAAGGGAACAAAGAUAAAACAGAGGUGCUCACCUGUCACUGUAAUCUUGAAUGUAAAUAAUCUCAUGUGGGAUCAUAUCAUUAUAUCUCUUUGACUUGUGUCAUCCUGAUACACACGCAGAAUUAAAGAGAAAUGGUUUUCGCUAUAUCGCUAAACUUAAUUAUAUGAAGUCUGAAAUUUAUUUAAAGAGCCCAUCCACUUAAAAAUGCGUUUUUCUUAUAUUUACGUUCCCUAAAAUGUCUGAUAUUGAUUUCACUGACUUGUAUCUGAGCAAAGAUGCCGCAGAGAGGUGUUUCACAUUUCUCUGCUGAAGGGAACAACAGGUUGAAACACCUACACAAAUUCACUACAGGAAACUAUUAAAAUGUCAAACCGCAGAGUCUCCUUAAGCCUUUUCAGGAUGCUUCAGUGAGGAGAUUAAAGCCUGCUGAUACAUCAUUAUAAUGUAACAAUAUACAACAUAUUUUCAAGGCUUUCUUUGCUUCAACACUCUUUAAAAAGUAGACUAUUCUUGAAAAAAUGUGUAUGUAUUUGAAGGGGACAGUGGCUUGGUCACAUCAUUUAAAAGAUAUUUAAAACUGUAUUAAAUCAGAUCUUUGCAUCCGAUCAGCUUCAACUGAACAGAAAAGCUGUUGGUAAACAGCGCCCUCUAUUGGAAUUGGUAAAAUUAUCUGUUUGAAAUUCCUUGAUUUGAGGCUUUAGCUGCUUUAGUUUCUUCCUCAUUCCUCCAAAAAGAUUUAUUCUUGGAAUAACAAAAUACUGAGAGCAAUAAAAUGACCCCAUAUAAAGGUUUUCUCCCCUUAAAAUCAAAAAGAUCCUGCAACCCCAGUCAAGACUCACAGGUUGGAAAAAAAGCCUUAAAGCAAUGGUUCUCAACCUUUUUUUAUGUCAAGAACUGCUAAAUUGAUCCAUAUUAGGUCACAGACCCAUAUUUGAUGAGAAUUUCCUUCAGGGACCUCAAUCUGAAAAGAUUGGGGUUGUUACAUGAGAUAUGAUAAAAAAAUACAUUAAAAAUUCAAAGACAUUGAAAUCAAUAAUGUCAAUGGAAAGCUGUGACAGCCGUUCCAAGCUGUGUCCGUUUGUUUUUGCAGCAGUGUGGCCAAACUAAAGGUUGAGGGUAGUUUAACUUUAGCAAAUUGAGACAGUAAACAGAGUUGACUCCUGUGACAUGUUGACCUUUAAUACAGAGAAUUUCUUACUGCCUGAGACACGUGAACCUCUCUCCCAGCCGCAGAAAGAUGUAAUUAUUGCAGCAAAUCCCCUUUUGCUUCUGCUGCUUGGUGGUUUUUUUGUGUUUUUUGGCAUAAGACCAUAAUUCUAUAGUUGUCAGCUAUAACCUGUGAUCAGAGUCGUCACUCUUACGACUUAAAGGACCAUGUAGACUGAACUCGUGACGUCCUGUUUUCCCCCCGACAUAUUUCUUGGGCAAUGAUAGACAGGAGUUUGUUUCCACGGACAUUUUAAUAUGUCAACAUUUGAAAUAAAAAAUAAAUAAAAUUGCUCAUAAAGCUGUGAUCAUUCAACUCUCACCAGUGUUUUUUUGGGUGAAGCAGGCAAGUUAAAGUUCUGUGUUAACACAAUAAAUAUCACUGUUUGAAAGAAAAAAUGGUUUUCAGCUCAACUAUAGAUGUUGAUGGCUACAACAUGAAACAAAUGUUUAAACAAGCAACUUCACAAAAGCUUUUUAUAAUACUGUCACUGAUGGAGUUUCAUUCUGACCCCUGCCCACAGAGCCAGCGUCACAAUUUGGUGAACAAAAAAAAUAUAAAUAAAUAAAGAUUACACAAAAAUAGUUUUAAAAUAUUCUUCUGGAGAUUUAAAAAAAACCCAACUUGCUGAUAAAUCUCUGGCACCUCUUUGCUAAAAACAAAUAACUGGUACAAACUCAUUUGACUUCUUAAGAAACAAUAAAGAGAUACAAGGGCGCCAUCUAAAGGCCAUGUUAUAAAACAACAGCAUCGUCACUUCAGGCAUGAUUUUCAGUCUUUGAUAUACAGAAACUCUCCAGAGUCUGUAUAAAAACAGGAUUUUCAAGCAUCAGUGCUUCAUCGUCUCAACUUGUCUCACUCAGUUUUCCUCUCAUGCUCUCGCUAUUCCGCAUCAAGAGGCUAAAGGUCCAUUGGGUAGGAUUUUGGGGGAUAUAUAGAAGUGUGUUUUCUUUAGUAUGUAAUCAACUAACGAUAAGACACAUUAUGUUUUCGUUACAUUACAAUGAGCAAUUUAUA